CAUUUCAGCAGAGGUUUGGGGACCUUAUUACAAGAUAGCCUGAUUCUGUAGACUGGGCGUCCGAUGGCAGCUCGGUAAGAUAACAAAAUGAAGACUUGUUUUGACGUCCAUUGGAAUUGUGCCGUGCAGAAUCACGUUGGUUAGCUGUACGAAAUCAAUAUGUGAAGUUUAAUGCAGCUAUGUAGCUAGCUAGCUAUUAAAGGCAUAUUUUAAAAGAGGAGCCAUUAACUUUCACGUCAAAGAUUAAAAUGUCAACCCAACACCAAAUAAUGGACUCAUCUCUAGCGCUGGGAAAAUUGGAAAUAAAAAGUCCUGGGAGCCUGGAUAUUAGUCACUCUGGACCAACGAAGGAGAAGAACGUCCAGGAUGGAGUUCAGACACACCUGAAUGGAUGCGUACCACUGUCCCAUCAGGUAGCAGGUCACAAGUAUGGUGUGGAUAAAGUCGGCAUACUGCAACAUCCGGAUGGCACAGUCCUGAAGCAGCUACAGCCCCCUCCCAGAGGCCCAAGGGAAAUGCAGUUCUACAGCCAGGUAUAUGCUGAAGACUGCAGUGACCCGGUUCUGCUGGACCUUCAGCAUUAUCUGCCAAAAUACUUUGGGGCGUGGUCUUCACCUGACUCACCUACCGACCUGUACCUGAAGCUGGAAGAUGUGACACGCAAGUUCAACAAGCCGUGCAUCAUGGACGUGAAGAUCGGGCAGAGGAGCUACGACCCCUACGCGUCCCAGGAGAAGCGGGAGCAGCAGAUUAAGAAGUACCCUCUGAUGGAGGAGAUAGGCUUCCUAGUCCUGGGAAUGAGGAUAUACAAAGUGAGCUCGGACAGCUAUGACACAUAUGAUCAGCAUUAUGGAAGAGGUCUUGUGAAGGACACCAUCAAAGAAGGAUUGUCCAAGUUCUUCUAUAAUGGGAGGAGCCUGAGAAAAGACGCCAUCAGUGCCAGCAUCCAAAAAGUGGAAAGGAUCCUGCAGUGGUUCGAGGGCCAGAGCCAGUUAAACUUUUACGCAAGUUCCCUGCUGUUUGUGUAUGAGGGCUCCCCCCAACGGAGCGCUCCCAAAAUGGCCGACAGCCACCCGGCGGAGAAGACGCCGCUCCCCAAAGCCUGCGUGCCAAACGACGGUGUCCUGGAGUACAACAACAACAUCCGCGUGAUCGGUGCGGCGGAGAACGGCCGCGUGCCGGAACCGCUCGGCCGGAGCCUGUCCAACAUGUACGCCCUGCACCGGCGCGGCUGCAGCGGCGGUCACCACGGCGACAUCCCCACAGGCAUCUGCAGUGCCCAGCAGGACAACAGCACGUGGAAGCGUGCUUCCCAGAAUUCCCCGGAGCAGCCCAACGGCAACGGCGUCCGGGCCCAACUGGAAGAGGAGGAGGGUCGGCGGGGGCCGGACGCCGUGCGGGACGGGGGCGAUGUGGAGGUCCGGAUGAUCGACUUCGCCCACGUCUUCCCUAGCCAGGCCCGGGACGAGGGCUACGUCUACGGCCUGAAAAACCUGCUGUCGGUGCUGCGGCAGAUCUUAAGUGAAUAAGCUCCUUCGUGCUGUGGUGUCAUUGUCAGUUCUGUCCAUUCACUUCUCAUUAACUUGGGCCAAUAGUGUAAUGGAAGUGUAGCACUCCCCCCAUGCAAGGAAAUCUGCACUAUGAAAUCAAUUAACUUCUUUGCAGUUACUUGUGUACUACAUGUGCUUGUUUUGUACCGCUAGGAAAUGUUUAUAAGUAUCUUACUCAGGUGAAUUACUCAAUGUCCACAUACUAAUUUUUUUGCAAAAUGAGCAAAACUCGGUGCAGUUAACUCUAGACAUCAGGAUGUUUUCUAUACUCUACUUUGCAAACCCUUGUUUCUGUUGAAAGGCUGCACAUUUAGUCACCAUGACAACUGGCACAGUAAACUGCAGUGGAGAACAACUGGACAGUAUGCUUCCAGUAUACACUCUCCACUUUGGAAAUUAUCCCAGAAAACUAACUGAACUACUGAUUUUUUUUUUCUAAUUUAUAUUGUAGAUGUAUAUUUGUGUUCAGAAAAACCAAAUGAUCAUCCAGGAUAAGGAAAUUAUAUUAU